AUGUCCGCCAAUCCUUCUACCCAGGGGCAUAAUAUAAUCCGUCUUCCUCCCCCUUCUGGCCUGAAAGUCAUAUCCCCUGCACCUGUUUACGACGUGAAUAAGUUUCCAGAUGAGAGGACUCGGAAGCUGUGUGCUCUACUUGAGAAGGGCCAUGUUACCGUUGCUCCGCUACGCGAUCCAGAGUUGAUCCUUCAUAGUCACCUGCCGCAUCUUCUAGGUUCUGCGUAUGCGCUAGGCGCGGAUAGCGAGCAGCUGAACAGGUCUUAUGAGCAUGAGAUUAAACAGCUUGUGCCGAUUGCUCGCGGUUUCAUUCGAGGCGAUGCGAUUUCCCAGGAGAAUUGGAGAAAUUUCCUGAACCACAAAGAGUAUACCGUUGCACUCCAGGACUUUUUCGAUAACGAAGUGAAGAAGAAGCAAGGAGAUUGGGGAAAAGUUCUGGAAGAAUAUCUUUAUUCAGGUCCCAGCCCACUCAUCAACGGUUAUUCCGGAGGCCUUGGCCAUCCAUUCAUCCACCUUGCCUAUGCGUAUGAGUUCCGCAGCAAGGAGGUAGCGACCCAAGCCUUGAGUCAAGGCUGUACAGAGUACAAUCCAAUUCAUCUCUUCCUGGAUCAUCCUUCGCCAGACACAUCGGCGUACAAGACAAAUUCCCUAGCGACAAUUUUUGAAAAAGUGCGCACGGAUUCUAGAUUAGACAAUUUGUUUGAUAAUCCUGGGUACAACAAUCUAGAGACCCUGCAAGAGGCACAGAAUCUCGCCAUCUUGUUGGAGCACUGGAAUGCGUGGGAAGUGGCUGAUACAUUGCAGCAAUUUGAGGAGUGCUGUGACCUCUCGGUCCUACUCUCCAUAAGCAAUGGUAACCCAGAUGUUUCCUUCGAUUUCUUCAACGCGCAUAUCAUGACUGUCGCGCAUGCACUGCGAGUUCUGUGGCAUUACCUCCCCCCGCAAAGGCACGUCCCAGUCCUGCGGCAAUAUGCACUCUUCGGGAUCAUGACCUAUGUCUGCCAACUGCGUCCGAAAUUUACCAUUGAGUCGGUUGAAGCUGUCAAAACAGAUGGCCGGGAUUGGCAGUGGGUUAUUGACACUGCGUUGCCCGAUAAGUGGGCUUUGGAUGCCCACUUUUUCAAAGUUAUCCGAGCUCCGAAGGCCUUCGAGGAAACCUUUGGUCGCAAGGAUGACUUUUACUUGAAAGCUGCGAUCAAGUACGUGACUGAAUUUCGGGGAUGGAAAGGGCACGGUAAAGGUGUUUCUGGAAUUUCUCCGGUCGAGGAUGAGUAG